CAGUGUUGCUGUUGUAUUGGCGUUUGCACUGCCACACAGAGCGUGUGCAGAGGCUGCCACAGGCUGACAUGGCCUCUUGUCAAUGGUGCGACCUCGAAGCUCGCCGAAACCACGCAAGGCGAUGACGGUGAUGAUGGUGACUCAGUCCACUUCCGAACAGCACCUCCAACCAACUGGCAAUCGCUGUCAUGCGUUGAUGUUGCGCUGACCGGGCCAUGGCGUGAAUGCUGCAUUAAUCCCCUCCCCCAUCAAGUCGUCACCGCGGUCAUCACGCUGGUUGGUGUCUUGUGCACUGCAGACGGCCACCACGCCUUCCUACACAGUGUAUGCCAGGUACCUGCUCACGGCCCUCUCCCCCUUUCACCAACAUUCGAUUGCCGUACAGCAUGCCUUGCCGUCGUGCUGUAUGCGUGUGUGCGCGCGUGGACAGCGUCAACCCUCAAAUUGCUGCCACCAGCCGCACCUCCACCGCCAGCCACUACUACCUAAUGCCACUCCACAGCCUCAUCCCAGGAUGGAAUAGCCGGUUCGUGCGCACCAGGGAGCCAGCACGAGAGCUGAGCAUGGAGCCAUGGCAGCAGCAGCAGCAGCAGCAGCAGCAGCAGCAGCAGCAUGCUAGGACCACCACCACCACCAGCAGCAACGACGAGCCUCAUCCUUUGAGCCACCGUUGCAAGGAGCGGGCACUGCGGCCACAGCACGAACGUGUGGAUGUGUUGGUGACUCAACCGCGACAGCGCCACACGCACCAACAGCAGCAGCAGCAGGAGGAGACGAAGAUGGAAGCAGAGGUAUUUUCACGACAGCAGCAACAGCAACAACAACAGCAGCAGCAGCGCGUGCCUGUGUGGCUGAUGGCUAUUAGGAAGACGACAGGGGUGGUACCAUGA